CCGACUCCUUCUUUGCUCCCACAUCAAUCUGCUUGCCAACAACUCAAAUCGAUAGAUCAGAUGGCAUUGAACCAAGAUGAAGAAACAAGGGGGAAAGAAUCCAAGGGGAAGGAAAUAGCAGCUGGAAACAGUAGACGAAUCACAAGGCCCCCACUCAGUUUCUUAGCGAUUCUCUACGAACACGGCAUAGCCCUCGACACUUCUUGUCCUGACCAGCUCUGUCAGCAGCUUUAUGACGGUGUUUUCUUGAAGCCCAACAAAAUGAAGUACUUUGUUGAUGAGAAGUCAAACAAGAACUGCUUCGUGCUAUUCGCAAGAGAACUCGCAGUCGUCCAUGGUGACAAUCCUGAUUAUUGGAGAUGGAUGGAAGAUAACGAAACAAGCGGGAAAGACAUAGAAGUGGCUGAGCUAUUGAAGAUAUGUUGGUUGGAGAUUGGAGGCGCUAUCCGAACAAUUAAUCUCUCACCAGGAACUUUGUACGAAAUUGUAUUUAUCCUGAUGAAACGUAACAACGACUCACAGUUCAAUUUGGAUCUUACAAUCAAACCCCAACACUCAAAAGCUUUGAAGCGCUCUGAAAGUUUAGAAGACAAGCCUCUGAACAAUUGGUGUGAGGUCUUGGUAGGUGAGUUCGUGUUGUCGGCACAGUACGUUGGAUACAUGGAAUUCAGCCUGGGGCAAUAUGAUGGGGACUGGAAGCACGGACUUGUCGUGAAAUGUGCUAUCAUUCGACCUAAGAAGUAACGACAUAAAAUUUGGGAUGCUAUCGGAAUUGUAUGCUUGAUUGAAAACAAGGGAUGUCAAAUGUGUACUUUGGUUUGAUUAUCUGAAAGUUCAUGGCAUUGAAUUUAGCUAUUCGUUAGGCACAUUUCUUUUGC